CAAUCUGGCACAGCAGCUGUACAGCCUUACUGUGGCUCCAACUCCUCAAUCACCAAAAAGGCCCAAGAUGCAGGAGCCCAAGGACAUGUUCCCCACUGACUGGAGCCCACCACCAGUAGAGUUCCUAAAACAGAAGGUACUGCCAGCCCAUCCUCGGGGCCGCAGGAGACUACUUGAGGAGUUGGAGCAGCAGCCCCUGGACUCAGACCAGAAGGUUGGGCUGGCCUCACUGGAGGACCUGUUGUGGAACAUGGCAGGUCCAAGUCAACAGGCUGUGACCCCAGAGUUCACUCCUGCAAGCACAGACUACUGCUAUGUCAACAACUUAGAUUCCUUACUGAAGGAGAAGAGGGAACAGGCCCUGGAGCAGGAGUGGGAGCAGCUGCUCCUGCAGGACCGUCUCAAUUUUGACUCCUCAGAGUGUGACGAAGAUGACAACGAAGUGCUGCUCACACCCGAGCACAGAAUGCUGGUGGAGAAGUUCUCAGUGUCCCUGCAAGUCAUUCCGCCUGUGCAUCCAGGUGAGACUGUGUUUCUGUCCAGGCCUCACCCUGUGCCCUGCAUCCUGGACUCCUCUCAUCUAAAGCCACAAAACCACCUGGAAGAGCUGUUCCUUGGGUCUCCACUGCCCCAGCAGCUUUCCUUCCUGCACAAGGGCUUCCUGACCAACCUCUACCUGCAUGCCCAUGAUUGCCCACUGCCUCUGCUCCGAUGGCUGUUUCAGCUGUUAUCCUGGCCUCUGGAAACUUCUUCAAGAGCCUUUGAUCUUCUAUGGGAUCUCAGUGUGGAUGGGCUUUUCCGCCAACCCAAUGAAGACAUGUGUUUGUGGUGCCCGUCACUGGAAGAGAUCAAGGAGGUCUUCCAUAGCUUAGGAGCCUAUGACCCUCUCCUGUAUCCACAACAGCCCUUCCAACAGAGUGACAGAGUACUUGAAAAUGAGGCCAGCCUGGGCUGGUGGGAGCAGCAGGACCCUCCCCAGAAGGUGGUCUUGGACAUUAAGCUGAGCUACAUCUACAAGUUUCUGACCCUUUGUCUCCUGGUCCAGCCUGAGUCCUAUACAGACACCAACCUCUUAGGUCUGAUAGAGCUGCUGUGCCGUGGGAGCCUGGAUGUGGGGCUGUGCCUCUUGCCAAAGACCGACCUCCAGCAGCUCCUGCUCCUGCUACUGGAGAACAUCCGCGAGUGGCCUGGGAAGCUCCAGCCUCUGUGUUGUGCCCUCAGCUGGGUGUCCAAUCACCACCACAAUCUGCUGGCUGUAGUGGAGUUCUUCCUGGAUGUGACCUCUCGGGGCAGGCAGCUUCGAAGCCAACUUAGUCUCAUGAUCAUUGCCCGUAUGCUGGGCCAGCAAGAGUCACUUCCUCCCUGGGGAGAGAAAACCCAGCUGUCCUUGCUCAGCCAGCUCAUCAGCCUCAUGAGGCCAUCAUCCCUCGGGCAGUACUUGAGUACUAAAUCCUUGCCAUCCUGCCAGGGGCAGCAGCCAAAAGCCAGUGAGUUAGACCAUAAGGUCUGCUAUCUGUGUCACAGCCUCCUGUCACUGGCUGGAGUGGUGGUCAGCGGUCAGGACAUUACUCCAGACCAGUGGGGUGAGCUGCAGCUGUUGUGCAUGCAGUUGGAUCGCCACAUUAGCACCCAUAUCCGGGAGAGUCCUCAGGCCAUGCAUCGGACCAAACUGAAGGACCUGGCCACCCAGACCUACAUCCGUUGGCAGGAUCUUCUGGCCCAUUGCCAGCCCCAGGGCCAGUACUUCAGUCCUUGGAAAGACAUCUGAAGGGCUAAGGGCAAGGGGCAGUCAGCAGGAAAAGAACUGCAGGAGACAAAGAAUGGAGGCCAGAGGAGGUCCAGUCACUGCCCAGCAA